AUGUUUCGUCAACUUGUAUACGAAGAAUCUUCAUUAGAUGUUCAAUUUCAUGACAAGAAUUUUCCAACAAAUAUCAAGUUUAUAACACAACCAACAUACACUUUAGUAGAAUUUCCCAAUUGCAAGCUUGAUUCUGAACUUGCUGAACUUCAAUCCAAAAUAAUUCCUACAGCCAUUAGUGAACAAAUAUUUCUCUUUGAUGUCAAGAAACUUCUUACCCAGAAUGUGGUAAAAGCUGCAAAAAUCAACAAACGAACAACCAAAAUCUCGGUCAAGCGUAGAGAUGUUCCUCUAGUUCCCGCAUACAGUAUGAUCACACAUAAAAGUCAAGGUCAAACACGCGGCAAAAUUUUCAUUGAUCUUGUCAUGCCACCUGGUCCAGUUGAAGUCGCAUCGGUUUACGUUCCAUUGUCUCGUGUAAAAUGGCUUGAUGAUUUACUAAUCAUAGGUCCUUUUGAAUUCGCAAAACUUCAAGUGAAGCCAUCGGCAGCUCAACUCGAAGAACUGAACAGAUUACACAGAAUUUCACAAAAUACUCGAAAACGUUUUCCAUUAUCUGUUUAA